AAAAGGUUAAGAGAAAAGGAGAAAAUAUACGAAAAAAAGAGAGAGACAAAUAAAUAUUCUGUCACUCUCUCGGGGGGAAAAUGAGAAAGGCAAAAGUUAAUUAGAAAGAUUCGCUGUUCUUUUCUUAAGCUGGCAAUGGGAAAUGGCUCCCCCUCGUUUCUAUUCCCUUUGCAAAUGAAUUCAUCCACUUCCACUUCCUCUUUCUUUUCCUUUUCCUCAUUAAUUAAAUUUGUAUGCUUACAUUUAAUUCCAAUAAUUACUUGAGAUAUAUAAAUUUCCAAUUUCAGCAUUCCAAGUAUUCCAACCUUACAAUUCGAGAGCAACACAACAAUAUUUUUGCUAUAUAUAUACAUAUAUUGGUUUUGAUUAAUGGCCGCAAGUGCGAAUCCGACGGGGAAUAAUCAGGAAGGUUUGUCGAACCAGAAGGUAACGGCUCCUCCUACAAUAGCCAAUGGCAUUUCCCUCAUUUCGAACAGCAGCGAAGCCAAUACCUCGGCGCUUGCAGCCGGCUUGGCUGAUACGCAGGCGGCGUUGAGGCAUAACCCCGGCAUCUCCAUAAACUGGACUCCUGACGAGCAAUCUAUCCUCGAGGAUUUACUCGCCAAGUAUGCAUCUGACUCAACCAUAGUUCGCUAUGCUAAGAUAGCAAUGAGGUUGAAGGACAAAACAGUUCGGGAUGUGGCACUGCGCUGCAGAUGGAUGACCAAGAAGGAAAAUGGCAAACGAAGGAAAGAGGAUCAUAUUUCAACAAGGAAAAGCAAAGACAGAAGGGAAAGAAGUACAGACUCUUUGGCGAAGUCUACAUCUGUUUUAACAGCUAGGCCUAAUGGUCCUUCAUAUGUAUCACCAAUUACCCAGAUGGACAACGAUGAUGGCAUCCCAUACAAAGCCUUUUGGGGUGCAACAGGAGAGCUACUUGAUCAAAAUGCUCAAAUAUUUAAUCAAAUUUCAGCAAAUUUUUCAGCUUUCCAGAUACAUGAUAAUAUAGAACUCUUAUGCAAAGCCCGGGACAAUAUCUUUACAAUCUUGAAUGAGUUAAAUGAGUUGCCAGAGGUAAUGGAACAAAUGCCGCCGCUUCCGGAGAAGAUAAAUGAGGAAAAGGCCAACGAGAUCCUUCCUCCGUCAUCCCUUCAGAUGAAAUCAUGAUCAGGACUCGCUGAUGAUACUCUCUGACCCAUUUUAUCUCAAGGUAGGAAUUCUCGAGAAAAAAGAAACAUUUUUAACAAAAUAAAAUAGAGGGGGGAGGAGAAUGAACUGAUUUAUUGAGAUGAAGUCGUUUUUGUCAAAUUAAAAAUGUUUUGUGAGCAUGUUUAUAUGGCCUAUAAAUUAGAAUGCUGCAAGUAGUCUCAUUUCUUCUUUUAAGUCAAUUGAUUUUGGGAACUAAAUGUAGCUUUGUGAAUAAUAUAUAUAGCUUAUGCAGCAUGAAAAUUUGCUGCUGAUUCUAGUACAA